GUAUAUAUGUAAAGAACAAGAAAUAAUAUUUAUUAAAAAAACUAAUUUUCAAAUUAAGAAAUUCAUUUAAUAAUUAAAGCUAUUGUUAACAAACAAAAAAACAUGUUGUUUCAAAUUACAGUAGUAGUAGUCAUAUUGUCAAUCGGGAAUAUUGGAUGCGCGCCCGCAGAACCCAAAGAGCCGACACCGGUAUGCAAUUCCGCACAAUACAUGUGCCAACACUCAUCACCCGGUUUAUUGAAAAGCCAGUGCAUAGCUUUCGACGACAUAUGUAAUGGAGUUAAAGACUGUGUGGACGGUGAGGACGAGGAUAACGAAGUCUGUAAAUCAUCGGAACUGAUAGACCUAUUCCGUCAUCACUCGCGAAGAGGUACGCUCAACGAGUUUGCCGGCACUGGCUUUGUAUUCAAUGUCGGGACACUUAUUAUUAGUAACGGUUCCCGGGCUCACCUGUUUGACCAACAGAGCAACAAUAUUGCACUUCAAAACAGUCAACAACACUUCACCAAUCAGGACGACCCCAACAAUAGUAAUAGUAAUGAUAGCCAUAAUCAGGGCAAUGAUCAACAACAACAAUAUAAUACUACUGCAAAAUAUUGAUUGUUUUUAGUAUCAAAAUGAACUAAAAUUAUUAUAUAAAAAAUUUUAAUAUCAUUUACCGAAUAAUAUAAUAUUUUAAUGUUUUAA